ACUCUUCAAUUCCUUCUUCAACACUUCACAAACCUUCAUGUUUUUAAAUUCUCACUACUUCCCUCUCCCUCUCUAGGAUCUCUUCAUUCAGCAAGCUGCUUUGUCUCUCUGCCCCUAAUUCUAGCAGCAAUAACACCUCUCUCUCUCUCUCUCUCUCUCUCUCUCUUAAAUGGCACCAAAAAAUGAAGGAUCAGCUAAGAAAGUAAUGAACAAAGGAGCAUGGACAGCAGAGGAAGAUCAAAAGCUGUCUCAGUACAUUGAAAUCCAUGGUGCAAAGAGGUGGAAGACAAUUGCACUCAAAGCAGGUUUAAAUCGGUGUGGGAAGAGUUGUAGAUUGAGAUGGUUGAAUUAUCUGAGACCCAAUAUCAAAAGAGGCAACAUAUCUGAUGCAGAAGAGGAUUUGAUACUCAGGCUUCAUAAGCUGCUAGGGAACAGGUGGUCUCUAAUUGCUGGGAGGCUCCCAGGGCGAACGGACAACGAGAUAAAGAAUUAUUGGAAUUCUCAUUUGAGCAAGAAAAUAAAUAACAAGGAGAAAACAGUACUAGAGGCUUCAACCCCACCGGAGAAUAUGCCUCCGAAAAUUUACACCCGUACUGAUGUGGAGGGUGCUAGAGGAGCCGGGACUUCUGAGGGAAACUUCGAUAUAAACGAGUUCUUUGACUUCACCGCUGAAGGAUCAUAUGGUUUAGAUUGGGUGAACAAGUUUCUUGAACUCGACGAGGAUCCUUGGCUCACUGAUAAAAAGGUGAGCAUUGUGUAAUAAAAUUUGUUUUCUCCUUGAAAAUUAACCGACUACAUUAUCAAUGGAAGCCAGCGUGAUUCUUGUCCUUGUAAUAUAAGAAGAAUAAUUUCUCUCAUUGUUCAAAGAAUCUGUCAAACCUUUCUGGCCGGCCCGGUGGCCAUGUGCGGAGAGAAACAUGCAUGCUCAUUUCUCGAGCUAGCUAGCUAGCAGAGAAAUGUCUUACUAUAUCUUGACCAUAUCUUCAAAUAAGUAAGCACGUAAGCCAAA